GUGUUGCGCCAAAUAAUAAAAAAAAAAGACGCAGAUAUUUCAGGAGUUCAGUAGAAAUGACAGGGUCAAUGCUUUACUCUAAGUUUCAUUUGACAUUCAUUUCAUUAAUCGGAAACGCAGCGGCUCAGGAAAAGGAAAAUUGGCGGGCCGAGGUCGAGCUGUCUGUCUUCAUUUACGUCCGCGUAAAUGAUUGAAAACCAGACGUUCACUUGACCGACAUCAGUUGUUCGAAACAACAGGAAGUUUGACAAGAUGAGUGGAAGAGGAAAAGGAGGCAAAGGACUCGGUAAAGGAGGCGCCAAGCGUCACCGUAAAGUUCUCCGUGACAACAUCCAGGGAAUCACCAAGCCCGCCAUCCGCCGUCUGGCUCGCCGUGGUGGCGUCAAGCGUAUAUCUGGCCUGAUCUACGAGGAGACCCGCGGUGUGCUCAAGGUCUUCCUGGAGAAUGUCAUUCGUGAUGCCGUCACCUACACCGAGCACGCUAAGAGGAAGACGGUGACUGCUAUGGAUGUGGUCUACGCUCUCAAGAGGCAGGGCCGCACUCUGUACGGCUUCGGCGGUUAAACCAGACCUGAACUUACAACAACACAACGGCUCUUUUCAGAGCCACACAAAUCACCUGAAGAGUGUAAUCCUUGAACGUAUCAUAAUUGUCUUCUCCGACAAAGUUUUUUUUUUAAAGUCAAUUUAAUAAAGAGUUUACUCUUUUGUUAAUAAUAAAGUACAGUAACACUU